AUGAAACGUGCAAGACAAUCACCUCCGGAUGCCGAACCUGUUGAAGAACAUGAUAGUGGUUUUGUUGGGCCGAUGUCAUUAUUUGACACAUUCCCCCAUAAUGAUACAUUUGCUGAAACACGUACUUUAGAGUUACUACCUAACGCUACUACCGAGAAUGCUGAAAUUUAUACAUUUAUGCAUAAUCGUCAAGAUUAUGGUGUAAUUGAUACAGUUGAUGCAAAAAUAUCAGCAAAGUUACGUGUUGCUGUGAUAGCCGGUGGGGCAGCACCCGCCGGUGAUCGGAAUAUAUGUGUUAAUAUGGCACCGUUACGUUACGGGUGGAAAACAAAAGCUGUAUAUUUAAAUAAUCAAUUAAUUACACCGCAAUCAAGUAAGGAAAAUGAACUUGAAUUUACACAUGAUUUUCUAACCACCGUACCUUCAGAGUAUCUCGAUGAUAAAAAUAUUAAUUUAAUGAUCCGCGAUACACCAGGCAAUAUGGAUACAAUCGCAAAUAUCCAUGAUGGUGGUGCGGGUAAUGAUAAUCUGGGUGCUCGAGCAAGAUAUAAUAAAAUAAAUACAGAUGAAGUAUUUCGAUGUAUUGAUAGAAUCGAUGUAUUGGGGCGUGUUAAACGUUACGUGCCUACGUCAGUUGAUAUCAAAGUGGUUUUAACACGGCUGGAUGAAAAUAAAAUGUUGUUUGGUACAGCGGCACAUUGUAGAUUAGUGGAGCUACUUAUGGCAGAUUUGAAAUUAGUCGUUCCGAUUUUAAAACCCAACGCUCAAUUAUCGGCCGCAAUCAAUGAUUUGAUGAUUCAAAAAGGUGAAGAGUGUCGAUAUUAUCGUAUUUCACAUCGUUAUGUUGCAAUCCCAAUUCCUGUGAAUAGCCGUCACAUUCAAUACAAAGAUAUUUUCAAUGGUGCAAGACCGACACGUCUUAUAACAAAAAUUGUAUCGCAAGACCGUUACAACGGCUCGUAUAUAUUGUCACCGUUUUCAACCCCGUUCCCCAAUAUCUCUCGUUUCACUGUAAGCAUCAAUGAAGCUGAAAUACCGCCGGUAAUUACUUGCUCCCAAGAGGCUUACAUCAAUUUACGUCAAAUAUUUGAUCGACGUCAUAGUGAAAUGCCGUGCACGUAUGAUGAAUAUGUAUCAGAUUAUGGUAUGAUUGUUACAGAUCUAUCACCAAAUCGUGAUGGUUUUUCACAAGUUUUACCUAAUUCAACAAGUGGGAAUUUAGGUGUGAAAAUUGAUUUUGCAGAUGAUACAAAUGUGGCACAACAACUCAUUUGUAUGGGUGAAUUUAGAAAUCAAUUAAGCGUUGGUUUUGGCACACAAGCACGUUUAAAAUAUGAUGUAUAA